AUGGCCUUCUUGGAAUCUGUGAGGAACAGACGGCACUGUCUGCAGCCUAAGAAACUACUUGCAGAAAUGCCUCCACUAGAGACCUUUAAGUCAAAGGCUUUCCCAAAAGCUGCCAACAAGGCCUUGGGGACUAUCAACCAAGCUACAGAAAAGGAGGUGAAGACCAACGUGCCCCUCAAACCAAAACAGGCGAGCGUCGCCAAAAAGAUGACCGAGAAGAAGGUUAAAGCGAAAACCUCUGUGCCUGCUCCAGAUGACACCUAUCCCGAAAUAGAAAAAUUCUUUCCCUUCAAUCCUAGAGAUUUCCAGAGUUUCGACCUGUCUGAAGAGUACCAGGUCGCACCCCUGACCUUGAAGGUCAUGUCUCUCAUGAUCCUCGAUAAGCAGCGAGAGUUUGAUAGGCUGUUGGAGCUGGGCCCCUCUUUGCCUGUGAAGAUGCCUUCUCCAUCGUGGGAAUCUGGUCUGCCGUCUCCUGCAAGCAUCCUGUGGACCCUGGAUGUUGAACUGCCACCUGUGUGUUAUGACAGGGAAAUUUGAAUUUCUUACUGCUUUGUGAAUCGUGUGUAUUUGUGUUAAUAAAGCCUUUCUUUAAUGGAAAAAAAAAAAA